AUGAUCCAUCAUUGCGUCCGCGUGCGAACGCUGAUCGCUGCCGUCGCGUUGACACUCUUGAUAUGGACAAUAUCCCGGUCGUACCUGGCAUCUAGACCGCUGCACCCAACCUCGCACAACUUCUGGCGAGAGUUCCACGCUCUACUGGAGGAAUACAAGCCAGGCACAUCACCCAUCGUCGAAGAUGCAAAAGCGCCAACGCAGGGCUUCAACGCCCACAGUGCGCCACCACGCCCUGAUAUUCUGGAUAUGCCACAGGCAGACCUCAUCAAGAUGAAGCUGGCGCAUACCGGAUUUCUAGCCGCCAUCACUAACCCACCGAAGCCACCUUAUAAGCCCAAGACAAAAGGGAUCGUCUCAACAGCAGGUGGACCUUACCUUCCCGUGCUAGUAAUAUCACUCCGCAUGCUCCGCCAAACAGGCUCAACGCUUCCAAUGGAAGUAUUCCUAGCCAGCGAAGCGGAAUACGAACCCUACAUAUGCGACAAGGUCCUGCCAUCGCUGAAUGCACGCUGUGUUAUCCUUUCGCAAAUCCUAGAAGCUUCGCCGACCAAGAUCGAGAAGUAUCAAUUCAAGCCUUUCGCCAUGCUCUUCUCCUCUUUCGAAGAGAUCCUCUUUCUAGACGCCGACGCCUUCCCUCUCGAGAAACCUGACCUCCUCUUCAACAAUAACCCCUUCACCUCAAAAGGCCUCCUCACAUGGCCCGAUUUCUGGGCAUCUUCCGUCUCCCCCCUCUUCUAUCUAAUUGCCGGCUACAAAGCUCCGCCCAUGAAUCUCCGCCAGUCCACGGAGUCCGGCGUUGUCCUGAUAUCGAAGAAAUCACACCUCCGCACCCUCCUGCUCUGUACUUACUAUAACUUUCAUGGCCCGACUCACUACUACCCACUUCUAUCUCAGGGUGCGGCGGGAGAAGGCGACAAGGAAACCUUCCUGGCAGCUGCAAUGGCAGUCCGCGAACCGUUCUACCAGGUCAGCGAGUCGAUCUGUGCGCUCGGCCACGGAACAAAGGGUGGACUCGCGGGAUCAGCAAUGGCGCAGUUCAACCCGAUGCAGGACUUUGCGUUGACGAACCACGGCGUGUGGCGAGUGAAGGGCGAUGAGGCGUCUGCUCCAGAUGUGUUCUUCAUACAUGCCAACUUUCCUAAGUUUAACCCGGCUACUAUCUUCGAAAAACAUGAGGUCAAUCCUGCAUUCACGGAUGAAGGGGAAUAUACUAGGGCUUGGACGAUUCCGGAAGAUGUGGUGGCUGGCUUCAAUAAAAAGAAGGACGUGGAGAAGGUGUUUUGGCGCGAGAUUCUUUGGACGGCCUGUGAGUUGGAGCAUAAGUUUGAGAGCUGGGCUGGAUCUGAAGGGAUCUGUGAUGGUGUCCGGAAAUACUGGGGGGCUAUCUUUGGUGCUUGA